UUUAGAGAACAAACGCCCUAAUCAAAAGUCGGCGGAUAGAAAUCGGCUAAAAGGGUCGGGCGCAGUUAACGAUUCCACUGUUCUCGCGCGCUAUUUUCCAAAAGAUUUACAGUAAGAGGGGGAAAAAUAUAAGUUUCACAAACAAGAGGCGGCCGAUCUGAGAAUCGACGGGGGGGCGGAUUUUAUGAAGUAAACACGCGUCCGUUUGCCGCCCGGGGACUUUAUAUUUUCUUUAGUUUUGUGUGUUGUGAAGGGAGGCCUGAGGCCUAGGCGGUGAGUAGGCCGCUGCCGGCACCGCUGGGCAGGCAGAGCGGAGCUGAGAGUAGCCCGGCCCGGGUAGAGCACACUGAGGGACAUGGCGGCUAAUUUCGACGCCCAGAAGCAAGAGAGCUGGUACUUCGGUCCCAUGAGGCGGGACCAAGCCGUGUCUCUGCUGAUGGGCCAAAAGCACGGCACUUUCCUGGUGAGGGACAGUCGCACCAUCCCAGGGGACUACGUGCUGAGUGUCAGCGAGAACUCGAAGGUGUCGCAUUAUAUCAUCAACAGCCGGCAGCAGCAAGGCCCAGGCCCCGGGCCCGGCCGCUACCGUAUUGGCGACCAGGAGUUCGAGAACUUGCACGGCCUGCUGGAGUUCUACAAGAUCCAUUACCUGGACACCACCACCCUGCUGGAGCCUGUCCACAGGCCCAACGCCGCCUACAUCCCCACCAACAGCGUCCCGUCCGAGGAGGCCCACUUUGUCCGCGCCCUCUUCGAUUUCCCCGGCAACGACGAGGAGGACCUGCCGUUCCGCAAGGGCGACGUGCUCCGCAUCCUGGACAAGCCCGAGGAUCAGUGGUGGAACGCGCAGAACAGCGAAGGCCGCUGCGGCAUGAUCCCCGUGCCUUACGUGGAGAAAUGUCGGCCCAGCUCGCUGCUCGGCCCGGCUAACAGCCCGGAGGGCGGCCAGGCGGUGGUGGCCCAGCACCAGCCCCCGUCGGGGGUUGGCGGAGUUGGGCAGCCUGAGUUCGGGCCCUAUGCCCAGCCUAGUGUCAGUGCCUCGCUGCCCAACCUCCAGAACGGGCCGGUGUAUGCCCGGGCCUUCCAGAAGCGUGUCCCCAAUGCCUAUGAUAAGACAGCCCUGGCUCUGGAGGUUGGUGACUUAGUGAAGGUGACCAAGAUCAAUGUGAAUGGCCAAUGGGAAGGAGAGUGCAAUGGUAAACACGGUCACUUCCCUUUCACCCAUGUUCGACUCCUGGAUCAACAGAACCCUGAGGAGGACCUAAGCUGAGUGCGUUUAUUUUUAAAAACAAUGAUUUGAAUUACAAAUGGGAACAAGUUUUCUCUAGUUCAUUUUUCUCCCCUGAAGACUUUUUGGCCCUUUUUGACGUUUACAGUAACCCAGUAAGAUCACAGCUGGCUCAACUGAAAUGCUCAGAGUCUGCAGCCUGCGGAUCCCAGUGAAGAACUGUGCUGGUAUACGUUUUAAUGUCACUUCACAUCUGACUUAAUGAUUUUGUUCAUCAGUACUUGUGUUUAUGGCACACAAUGUGCUGUACAGCUUUCUUGGUAUCUGUCCUGCUCCAGAGCAGCCAGUUAGAGAGCUGGCCUCACUCUAGUUAACACUAAUUGAUGUCCACACAAGUAUCGGUUGGUUAGUGUGGGUGGAUGUGUGAGAAUAUGUUCAAAAACAAUGCUCCUCAGUGGCCAAGUGAAUAAUAAAACCCUUUUUUUUUUUUAUUUUUGCAGUACCAAACUGUUCAGACCAGAGGCUGUCUGGUUGGAUCCUUGUUCUGCAUUGAGUUAGCAGAGAUUCUAUAAUAGCCCUGAACCAGAGGAUUAGGUGUAAGAGAGAGCUUCUUAUCCAGUUACCCUGAUCUAAGUAGCAUAUGUUGGCUUGAACAAGGACAGGAUUCGUGUCUGCUGUGAUGCUGUCUGAGGUUGAACAGCCUGCUAAUGCUAUACAGGACAAAUGCCCAUUUUGGAUGCACAUUUAGGGUUGGGGACUGAUGCAGUGAAACAGUUUCCCACACCUGCACCAAUCAACAGCCUUAGAGGGGUUCAAGUUUAAUCAUCCUGUUUGUUACAUGUCCUCACACAUUAUCUUUACCAUUCAUUGUUGUAAAUACUAAACACUACUGAUUGGGAGAAUAUCUUGCUAAUUUUGGAUGAUUUCAGGUACUUUAAUAAGCAAAUGAAUAUGUUCUACAAUUUCAACACAUGUUAAGACACUACAUUUGUGUGGGCAACUGACCUGCCUAGACUACAGUUGGACCGUCAGCUGUACAAUGCAUGGAAACAACUCUAGUCUUUUUUUGUUUUGGAGAACUCAAAUCACAGAAAUGGUGCUUUCACAAUCUCACCAUGAGGCCAAGUCUAAUGUCAAAUGAAAUGCUACUUUCUCCAGUUGCAGCCUUCUCCCAGACCUCAAUUUGACAAAAACUAAAUUCUGAAACAGUCAGGUCUUUAUAAGAAAUGUAAACAUAUUUUAAGUGCUGUCAUGUCUGGGAGAGCUGCAAAAUGAAACACUAAGUACAGCAGAUAACGCUAAAUGGGGAGAGGGUCAACAAGUUUCAGCCAUGAGUUUUCUACAAAUAAUGAUGUAGAAACUGUCCACCAAGACGACCAAGAGCAGUGAAUUUCAAGUUUGUGCUUGAGCUCCUUGGUGGAUCUGUGCCUGAUGUUUAGAUACACUUGAACGUUGACAUUGCAGGACAGUUAUUGAACAAUGAAAGUGCUUUCCAGAUCUAUAACUUAGACUGUUUGGGAUCCAAAUGCCUUGUCUUCCCAUCCUUGGUGUGAAUAAAAUUACAUUACUCUUCUGAAACAAGUACAAUUUCUACAUGUGAAAAAUCAUGAUAGUAUGGGAAGAUAUAAAGAAAAGCUAAAUACUGAGCAUUCAUCUGAACUGACUGGGUAUUUAAUGUCUUACUGAUGUUAGGUUAACAUACAGCAUAGUCAAAUAUCAUUUUAGCAGUUGUGCUCUAAUUUCGAAAGCAUUUGUUUUCCUUGAGUGCAGUUCUCAUAUGACUUUUCUUGUCUGACUUUAAACGCUCUUGUUUUGAUUUCAGAUUGUAAUAAUUUUUUUCUCUUUUUUUUUCCUCUGUGACAUGGAACUGUAACAACAUCAGGACAUGGAUGUUUCAGUAGCUUGUAGAAUGUACCAUGGAGAAAUAGCAUGUGGGUGGGAUCAGGAUUGGCCGCCUUCAGAGUUGGGACCCCUGUGAAAGGCUUCAAGUGUUAAUUGAGAGGGUGGGAGAGACCAUUCAUUUCAAUGGCAUCUGGCUAGCAACCAAUUUUUUUUUUAAUCUAACUUCAGUUAUUGCUAUUUAAAUCCUAUCCUUCUGGUAUCCUUGAAGAUGUUUUGAUUCUGUUUGCAGCUGUAGUUUACCUAUGUCUUUGUCAUUUGUGCUAGGAGUUAAAUUUAAUUCAAACCACCUGUGGAGAUUACCAAUGAGAAGUUGAACAAGAAUUUAACAUGUAUUGUAUCUCAUGUCUACUAUUAAUUUUUUGCCUCACAUCCCAUCACUUGGACUCAGUGGUGUUGAGAAAUUUCAGUUUCUUCAUUUCCAGAAGCCAUACAGAUGUGUGACAAAGCUUAAAGCAUUAGUCAGAAAAAUUAGAGCUACGAAAAGGGUGGCACUGGUUUUUAACUGACAUAAUGAAUGUUUUAUAGUAUUGCCUACAAAAUGUAUUUGAUUUGGAUCUUUAUUUUAAAACCCCUUUUAUAUGAAAGACUGACAUAAACUUGUGUUGAGGGGGUGGCUGGAUGACAUCUUGCCAUUCUUCAAGUUCUCUAACCUCUGUAUACACUCUGGAAUAUAAAGGAAAGCUGAAUACCAAUGUAUAAAAUGACUCUUUCUGAAGUCCUUGAGACAAUGUUGAAAUUGAAGUCAGUUGGUGUUUAACAAGUGCAGUGACUUCCUAAUGUUCCUAAAAUAACUUGUUAUGCUCUUUUAAAAAUCAAUGGACAGUGGAACAGUAGGAUUGGUAUGCACCUGUUGGAGAAAAGUUGGCCAUCAGGGAACAACUGUAACAGACCAACAGAGAUCACAUUUGCUGCUGAAGCAAAGGAGAAUUUCUGGAUAAAACCUUACACCAAUGGAGGUAGAGCCAAACACACAUCCCUCUUAUUGGCUUCUUGCCUCAUGAAUAAGUAACUCUUUGCUCAACAGUGUUGAUUAAUGUGGACUUUGAUUCCUGAUGGUCGCUCUGCUCAUCCCAGCUGUAAUAAUGCAUCUGUGCCAAUCAGUAUUUUAAUUGUGUAUUAAUUCAUCAUGGUCUUUUGGCACAAUCUCGCAAUCAUGUCAUGAUUAAGCUUUCACUCCAAAUUAAUGUAUUUGUCUCGCAACACUAGUGUGAAUAGUAUAUAGCAUUUGAAAGUUGAGUAAGGAUGUUGAAGCUUUGUCUGUGUGAUGGGAGGUGAUGUUGAUCACUUGAGCUGGGUCUCUGAGCUUGACGCAAUUUUUUCUGUGCCACUCUGUUGUGUGCUAUGAUAUUGCUUCAGUUGCCAUUCAGCAAUUUUUGUGCCAAUUGAAGUUAUUUUAUCCAGUCCUAUUACAGGCGCUAUUCAUACUGCAAUCUGUUUAAACCAACCUUCUAUGCUGCUUUUUGAAUCACUAAAACUCAGUUCUAUACUGAACUGUGCAUACGUACACUAACUAGCACAACAGGGAUGGGACCUGCUGAACCCACUACAUAAAGUUGCCAAACCAUUAGAGCCUCAAUUCCAAUAACCUUUUCUUUUUUAAAAAAAAAAAAAAACAUUUUGGUCCCUUCCUUGUCCUUUAAUGUACUUCGGGGCGAAGAGGUAGCAAACACACCUGGAUUUCAGCUUUAUAAAAUAUAUUGCUACUAUGAAGCCGCUGAUGCUCUCAGUCCCUUCAUUCUCCCAUUUACUUGUUAAGCCCAGCACAUUUUCCUGCUACUUGUAAUGAGUCGUUCUGGGGCCAGAGGAAAAGGUUCAGAAUGAUCCUGAGAUUAAUGAAGGUGAGAAGUUGAUGUACUGAGCUGCUCUUCACACUAGUUGCUAUUACCCUAAUAGUGCCUUUUAAACUGUCUUGUGAAUUUAAUCAGUCCAAUUAACCCAACCCAUUCUAACAGUUGAAGUUGCUGGCUGUUGUGUUAAACCAGCUGCUGGCUUAACUGUCUGUGGGUUGAUCCUUUCUUUUCUGGAAAAAAAAAAUCUAUAUUCAGGAUUAUCCGAACAACUUUCUUUAAAUUCAGGACUAAAGGUGAGCAGUAGUGCUUUGUACUGGGGCAGCUAUCAAAGAAUAUUAGCAGCAACUAGUCACUACACAACGCAUCAAGUUGUGUAGCAAUGGAGAUAUUUCAGCACAUUUUCCAUUUCUUCCAGUGCUGGCUUUGCUGCCAUAGUGUCUAUCACAUUUAGGCUUUUUUUAAUGGUCAGGAUUUUCUGCUUACUUCUUGCUUGGCCUCAGAUUGUCAAACAUAAUCUGAAACCCUGUCCUCUGGUCCAAUGGGCUGCUGCAGGAUUCUCAUGCCAUCUUGUUAAACUCUCUCUCACCUGAUGAACUUAAUUUGCCACAUGUCUGUGGCCAAUUUGCCAGAUGUGGCAAGUGAAUUGGACAACUCUAGACCACUAUCUGCCUCCAUUUUAUUGAUUGUGGGGUAUGGGAAGCUGAGAUAUUUUAUCUCUGCACUACACUGCACCUGCCCAUCCAUUAAUCUGUUUGUAUCCUAAUCUUUCAAUUAGUUUAGCUGUUAUAUAGUAUUUAAGAAAAUCUGCACUUUUGUGUCAGUCUGGUAUUUAAAAGUUGAAUUAUGGGCUGUAAAAGUUUUUGGAUUUAUCCUGUCUCAUGGCCUCAUCACUGCAAACAUAAUGUUUGGAAAAUGGGACAGCUGUUCAUUGUUAACUUUUUUUUUCAGCCAGUACAAGUGACUUUUGCAGCAAUGGAACUUGAUACUUAAAUCUUGAAAUAACCAACUAGUGGCUACAAAAGUGUUUAUUUUCUAGCAGUGGAAUAUCUUCUAAAUCUCACUGAUGCUAACAGUAAGCAGUACUAUUGUAAGUGCAAUAUUAACUGCUUCUGUGCAUCAGACUACAUGCUAGUUAUUGGUAGUAAAUACCUUUUUUUAUAAACAGUUCUCAUCAGGUCAGUCCCUGAAUAUUUGAUAUCAAACCCCUUCCCAGUUGCAAAAACCUCAGACUAGUUUGCUAUAGAGAUGGAUGUCUAAGAAAGCACUUUGUGUUGUAAUAUACUUGAGCAAAUCAGUGUUAGCGGUCAUUGCUCAGGCUAAUCUACUUGAGACUAUGCAAUAACAUGACCAUAUUGGAACACUUGUACUGCAAGUUGGCAAUGUGAAAGUGUAACUGAAUCCAAUGGACCUGAAAUGACUGGAGAUUGCAUAUGCAGGUUCCUCCCAUUUGCUGUUGGAAUGAUAAAAUUCACUGGUUUUUGCCUUUAACAAAAGGCUGGAUUUGCAUAGAUCAAAUGACAUGACAUCUGUGAAGAAAACAUGAGUUGAUGCUUUGGGUUGGGUGGCAUUAACACUCUUCCUCCCCAGUAUAUAUGGUAGCAGUCCUUUGUCUUCAGGACAAAUCUAAUUUGAUGAUCACACUUUGUAAGAAUUGAACCUUCGCACACAGACUCACUCUGAUAAACUGAUGCUCAAUUUUAAUACAAUUGGCUCUUUUACAUGGACAUAACAAUAUGUUUACCCCAACCAAUCUAUUCUGGCAUUCAUUCCACUGGAUUCAUAUGUCCUGAUAAGACUAAUUUAUUCACUGGGAAAUGAGCUGUGGCUGCCAGUUGAAAGAUCUGCCCCACCACACUGUAGAUUAAGAAAUAAAACUGCAGUUCUGCUAACUGUAAGCAGAAUACUGCAAAUGCUGGAAAUCAGAAAUACAAGAAAAAAUUUCUGGGUAAGUUUUUCAGCCAAUCAGUGCGCGCAUAGAGCGAAACCAGUCACAGUUUCAGGUCUGAGACUUCUUUAUCAGAACAUUUUGGUUAAAGGGUACAGAUCUGAAACGUUAUCUUUCUAUAGAAGCUGCUGGAAAUGUUGAACUUCUCCCACCAUUUUCUGUAUUUAUUUGAAAGUACCUGAUUGCACAACAAUAGAAGUUUCGGCAAGUCAUUGGAUGUGAAGUGAUAUCUAGGUGAUCCAGUGCAACACUGCCUCCAAACCACCACCGCCGCCCCCCCCCCCCCCCCAAAAAAAAAGAAAAGAAAGUGUCUUUGCAUAGAGUACCAAGGCUCCCAAGUGGUUGACCACAGGAUUGUGUGUGGUGGCUGGGGACUGUUAAUGAAUUCGAACCAAAGGAUCUGCAUUUUCAAGUAUGAGGGAGUUGGAGCAAAUUCUGCAACAGCAAAGACUGACUGACUGUCUCUGCGUUACAGCAACGUGUGGCUUCAGGUCACUUGGCAAAGACAUGCAAGGGGAAUAUUUCAGAAUUUUGUACAUGCAAGAUCUUGCUCCUGGCAGAUAAGCUGAAACUGUCUUGCCUAUAACAGUUUGAUGUAAUAAGGUUUCGGGGCAACUGACUGGAACAGAAUAGAAUUCUUCACACUGAUUUUUAAAUCAUUUACAUAUGAAAAUUAAAGCAGAGGCUUGGCUGCUCUGUGAAUUGGAGAUUCCCUAGAUAGUCAAUACAAUAGUCAGGUCAUCCUUUUGAAACACCUCCCAGUGAUUAACUGUAGCCCCAUGUCAUGAAAUUGUUUUGUUUUUGGAGGGAGGAUGGGAGACAGGAUUUGAACUGUUUCUUUUUUUGGUCUAAUAUAGACCGUAUACCAAUUUAUAAAGGAUGUAUGGAUGGAGAAGUAUUCAUCUGUUAGUUACACUGUAAUCCUUUCAUCUGGAAGUUUGACCAAGUGGCUGUGACCCAUCAAUUUGAGGACUUGAGGAUGCAGAUGUCUUGAGCAAAGUAAACUAACUUUUCUGUUCCUGAAGAUGUCUGCUUUCUUGGUGAGGUUGGAUGCUUGCAGCAGUUGAAAUGAGUUUGCGAUUACAAACUCCACUGCAUUUCUCAACUUUCAAAUAUUUAAAUAGCUAGCCAACACAUUUGGGAAAAGCAUGGUAAGUUGCCAGUGUAUGUGCAGCUGUACUGCAGCCUGUUGUCUGUACUACAAUGAGUAAAAGUUGAAAUGAAUGUAGGUAGUGAUGGCUUUUUCUGGUGGGCUGAAGUCAUGUGGAAUGUGAAAAAUGCAAUGUGAUGGGUCAGGCCAAACUAAAGCCAGACCAGAUAUCCUGGUAAUUUGACCUUUUUUUCCUCAGUCUGGUUGCCUGACACUCCCACUGUCCCUUUUAAAAGGGACUGAUUUAUGCCCUUUUCAGGGAACGAUAUCUGGAAUUCUUACCUGGUCUGGCUGCCAUGUGAUUCCAGACCCUCAGCAAUGUGGUUGGCUCUUAACUGCCCUCUGAAAUAGCAAGCUGCUCAGCUCAAGGGCAACUUGAGAUGAGCAACAAAUGCUGACCUUGCCUGCAGCACCAUGUCCCAUGCAAGAAUAAAGAAAGUCCAGACAUAUUUUUUCUUUUUAAAAAAAAAAAAACAACAAAAAAAAGUAGGCCUUGAUUCUCUCUCCAGUUCUGUUCAGGACUGACCCGCGUGUUGGGGUUCUGACUGGUACUGGGCCUAGACCAUCCAUCCAAGUGACUCGGUGAGUGGUUACAGGAUGCAGGAAGAAAAGUAACAUGUCAUCUUGUGACAUCUCUUCUCAAAGGCAGAGAUUGAAAGUGAGGGGCUCUGGAUAUUUUCUGGGGAAAGGGUUUGAUUUCUGACUAGUUUAGCCCUUCUUUUUCCUAUAUAUUAAAUGGGAAAGCUGAAUCCAUACCCACUGUUUAAUACUGCUCUCCCUCAGUAAAUGUCAAUCAAUGUUUUAAAAUUCUUAUUUUUGUAUCUGUACUUGUACCCUUGUUAAUCAGUUUGGGGUAAUUCUGGGUUGUUACUGUGGAGAUAUUAAUGCAUUGUGUUAAUAUGAAAAGGUGUCAUCUACAACACUAUAUCCUCCAUGACAAUUAAAAUCCAGCUUUAUUUUCUGUAGCAUGUACUGUAUUGUAUGUUUAUUAUACCUAGCGAAUAAAAUCACUUGAGAAAUGA